AUGGCCUCCCCCCGUCCCACUUCUCCUCUCACCUCGGGUGCCGAGUCCGGUGCCGACUCCAAGGGCGCUGGUGCUGGCGCUGCCGCCUCCGGCUCCUCCGUCAGCCGUCCCUCCUCGCCCUCUGCCCCUGGUGGACCUCGCGCUGCCAUGCGCCGCCGUGCUACUGCCGACCACAAGGAGUCUCUGCGCAAUGCCCGUCCUAGCUCCACCCGCUCUGCUGGCGCCGGUGGUUCCUCCGGUACCAUGCUGAAGCUCUACACCGAUGAGAGCCCCGGUCUCCGCGUUGACCCCGUCGUUGUUCUGGUGCUGAGUCUUGGCUUCAUCUUCUCGGUUGUUGGCCUGCACGUCAUCGCCAAGGUCACCCGCAAGUUCUCCGCAUAA